AUUUUGAUAACGCCAUUUGUACCGAAACGAAAGUAAGUUAUUGAAAUAGUUUUAAACCUGUUUAUCGGAAUAUUUUACAGUACAAUAGAUGACAGUUUCAAGGGUUGCCAUAAUGUCAAGCAUAAGGUGGGCUUUUAACACAAGGCAAUGGGAGCCAACAGUUACUGACUGGGUGAGGGCUAGCCAGUGUGUUCAACCAGAGGAAAAACAACGGAUUGGCAAGUUUGUGUUCAAGAAAGAUGCCAAAUCCUCAAUGAUAGGAAGACUUAUGUUAAGAAAGAUGUUACACAGAGUAACUAAGAUUCCCUAUGGUGAAAUAAAACUUGGAAGAACUGAUAAAGGGAAGCCAUAUCUGAUGAACACUUUACCAGAGGCAUGCCGACAACUCAGUUUCAAUGUGUCCCACCAUGGAGAUUCUGUAGUGCUUGCUGCAGAGACAGAGGCUGAGGUUGGAAUUGAUGUUAUGAAACUUGAAACACCAGUUGGUGCCAAAUCCAUCAGCGACUUUUUCCACACAAUGCGUCGUCAGUUCACAGAAGAUGAGUGGGUAUAUAUCAAAUCAGGAAAUACAGAGAAAGAACAGCUUGGCAGUUUCUACAGAUUAUGGUGUCUGAAAGAAAGUUAUGUGAAGGCUCUAGGUGUAGGAAUAGGAUUUGAAGUAAAAAGGCUCAACUUUAUAACUGGUGGUGACCUAACACAUGCUGGAGGAACUAUUUGCACAACAACUGUAGAAGUGGAUGGACAGUCAGCCAAGAAUUGGACAUUUGAGGAAACUCUUCUAGACAAUCAUUGUAUAGCAGUGGCUCUCAAGACCCCUUUGUGUACAACACAAAAGUUGAAAAUUGCACCUUUUGAAGUGAUCACAUUCGAUGACCUGCUUGCAGACAGUAAGCCUCUCAGUGAGCCAGAUCAGGUCUAUGGUGAAGAGUUUAUACAGAAAGCAGAGAGGCCUACUCUACAGAGAUGACCAAAUUCUAGCAGUUAUGAACUUGCUUUAUUGGAGGAUACAGUAAAGCUAGAGCAGUAUUAAAGACUGGACCUGUAAUUUUUUGUCGACAUGUCACAGAAAUGAGUGGUGGUUUUUGGAGAGUUGUCACAAAAAAUGAAUUGCAGAAUUUUUAUAUUUCCAUCUUUGAAUAUUUUCAUAAUUUUUGAAGUUCACUGAAGGACAUUUCUUGGAGUUGUUACUGAGCAACCAUUCUUACUGAUUCUCCUUUUGGGCUAAAUGUGAAGAUGAACAUUUGUGAAAGGUAUCAGACUAUCUGAGUAAAAUGAAUGAAAAUGUUUAACCAGGAAAAAAGCUAAAAAGCCGGUUUAUAUGUAGUAGAAAGGCAGAUGUAAUGAAAAACAGAGAUGCCCAUUACAAGUAAGAAGACAGAAAAGCAGAAAAGAAAUGAAAAUGUAGUAUAUGAUUGUGUCUGGUUAUUUUUUGUAUGAUGUAUACAUGUCAAAGUGAUAGUAUCUAUGAUGUAAAUAUGUGUGUAGGAAAUCAUAUUUACAAAUAAAGGCUAUCACAAUAAGGCAAAAGAAAAAAGUUUUGUUAAAAUAUUUCCUCUAGAAAUGUUGGUUAUUUUUAAUCAGUCUAAAUCUGAGUAUUUUCUCUAAAAAAAAUCAGAAAAAAGCAUGGAUACCAAUGAUUUUUAUGUUUUUGUUCUGUUGUGUGUGCUGUAAGCCACUUAGGCAGUAAAAAAGAUAAAAGUUCUGCUAAAAAAAUACAUAAUUAAAAAAUAUGCAUUUUUAUCACAUAAUAAGUAUAUUAUACCAGAAAUUUUCUCAAAUAUAUGAAUUUAAAAAGAAAUCAUGUUAAUUUUGAAAUUUACAUAAUCAUUAGUAUCAGUUAUGUAAUGUAUAUUCAUUUAUCCUCUCUAUACUUUAAAAACGAACAUGGUGACAACCCUUAUAAUAACUGAAAUUGGUAGAGUAAGUAUUGUAGUAGAUACUUGUAAAAUCUUAAAAAAAGUCUGUCUAUUGAGAAAAAUUCUGGGAAAUCUCAGUAACCAUUUUUAGCUCGACUAUUCAAAGAAUGUCAGCUGGCAUCUCGGUACUCACAGUUGUCCAUUGUCAUAAGCUGAUAUGCAUUGUACAGGUUUAAUAACCCUGUUUGGCAAUUUUACAAAAUAAUGCCCCUUUUUCGAAUUAUAUUCAUUCAAUUGAUGAGGCUGUUGAAUAGUUGAGUGUUGCUGUCCUCCGACAGCUCUUGUUAUGUUUUUUUGGCAGGUAUAUUUUGUAGAAUGAUUAAAAAUUUUGACUAGUGAAGAAUUCUUUUUAUUUUUUUUUUCUCCUGUUUAAAAUUACAGUAGGCUAAUUAAAUAUCAGAGAAGACAUUUAAACCUUUUUGGCUGAAGCAACAUGUAAAAUUUUUAUUGUUGUAAUUCUAUAAUUUUGCUCAUGGCUCUCUAUCAACCUUGUCCUUUGUGUCAAAACUGUCGAGGCUAAAUAACAUAUAUUGUUUGCCUCAGCCAGCAACUUAUUGUAACUCUUUAAAGAGGCAGAGGUAGGGAAUUAGUGAUGGCAUACUACACACAGAUUAAAAAAAUACUCUAG